CUAGUGGUUGGAGCCCGGGCAGAGCGUGAGGGGAGCCGGCGCUGGCGGGGCUACAUCUGCUACCCGCGCACAGCCGUGCUUAUUGGACUCUCCAACGGGUCGCCAUCCCGAAGCUGAGGAAGCUUGGGUUCCCAGCCUGACGCGAACAGAGCCUGAGUCCAAGUCCCAGAGGGAAUCGCUCUCUGCAGACCAGUGGGACCCCGAAACUUGAACGCAACCCCCCUUUUUCUAGCCUUUGUCACUUCCCCGGCUUUUCCCCAACGCAUUCUUUUUUUCCUCUUCUCCCAUUCUCCUCCGAAGGACACAAAAGUGGCUUCCGCUGAAAUAUUAGAAGGCGGUGGGAGCUCUUCGCUUUGGAGAGCGAUUGUGUAGGAAGGAUUUUUCGGGAAGCGGCUUUUUAACACCACUGCUCUCUGCUUUCAGAGCCUCUCUGUAACCCUCUGAGCGCGAUGUACAAUACGGUGUGGAGUAUGGACCGCGAUGACGCAGACUGGAGGGAGGUGAUGAUGCCCUAUUCGACAGAACUGAUAUUUUAUAUUGAAAUGGAUCCUCCAGCUCUUCCACCAAAGCCGCCUAAGCCAAUGACUUCCGCAGUUACAAAUGGAGUGAAGGACAGUUUCAUUUCUCUUCAAGAUGCAGAAUGGUACUGGGGAGAUAUUUCCAGGGAAGAGGUAAAUGACAAAUUACGGGACAUGCCAGAUGGUACCUUCUUAGUGCGUGAUGCCUCAACAAAACUGCAGGGGGACUACACGUUGACCCUGAGGAAGGGAGGAAAUAAUAAAUUAAUAAAGAUCUAUCAUCGAGAUGGUAAAUACGGCUUUUCUGACCCCCUGACAUUUAAUUCUGUGGUGGAACUCAUUAACCACUAUCACCAUGAAUCUCUUGCUCAGUACAAUCCCAAACUUGAUGUGAAGCUGAUGUACCCAGUAUCCAGAUACCAACAGGAUCAGUUGGUAAAAGAAGAUAACAUUGAUGCAGUAGGUAAAAACCUGCAGGAGUUCCACUCUCAGUAUCAGGAGAAGAGUAAAGAGUAUGACAGGCUAUAUGAAGAGUACACCAGGACAUCUCAGGAAAUACAGAUGAAGAGGACUGCAAUUGAAGCCUUUAAUGAAACUAUUAAAAUAUUUGAGGAGCAGUGUCAAACCCAAGAACAACAUAGCAAAGAAUAUAUUGAGCGAUUUCGCAGAGAGGGGAAUGAAAAGGAGAUUGAACGAAUUAUGAUGAAUUAUGAUAAGUUGAAAUCACGUCUUGGUGAGAUUCAUGAUAGCAAAGUGCGUCUAGAGCAGGACUUGAAGAAACAAGCUUUGGACAACCGGGAAAUAGAUAAAAAAAUGAAUAGCAUCAAACCGGACCUGAUCCAGCUGCGUAAGAUCCGGGAUCAGCACCUUGUAUGGCUCAAUCACAAAGGAGUGAGGCAGAGACGCCUGAAUGCCUGGCUGGGAAUCAAGAACGAGGAUGCUGAUGAAAGCUAUUUUAUUAAUGAAGAAGAUGAGAAUCUGCCGCAUUAUGAUGAGAAAACCUGGUUUGUGGAGGAUGUCAACCGAGUCCAAGCAGAGGAUUUGCUUUAUGGGAAACCAGAUGGUGCAUUCUUAAUUCGUGAAAGUAGCAAGAAAGGAUGCUAUGCUUGUUCUGUGGUCGCGGAUGGAGAAGUGAAGCACUGUGUGAUCUACAGCACUGCUCGAGGAUACGGCUUUGCAGAACCCUACAACCUGUACAGCUCGCUGAAGGAGCUGGUGCUCCAUUACCAACAGACAUCCCUGGUUCAGCACAAUGACUCCCUCAACGUCAGGCUCGCCUACCCUGUCCAUGCACAGAUGCCCUCGCUCUGCAGAUAAGCAGGGUGGGAAGAGACAUGGCUCUCCAGCAUUUUUCUAUGGUUUUAAUUAGACUACGAUGAGGGCAUUCUUUCUACGUAGACUGCUUGUUUUGCACAAGUGAUUCUGUGAAUGUGAAAUGGAGAGGCCGAGCAAUAGCUGGCCAGAAUUUGGGGAUAACUGAGGGGCCCAGGGUUUCUGGACUCAGCUGCGCUGCUGCACUCAUGUAUUGAGCUGGAAGCAGAUACUGGUUUCAUGGGGGUUUUGUUGUCAGGCACCUUGAACACUUGUGGGUGGGGGUGGGGUUUUAUUUGGAAGCCUCUGAAGAGUUCAUGUCCUCUUGUCUUCAGCUCUGAGAAUGCAGCAGGUCAUGGUUUUGUUGGGAGUUGUUUUGCUUUGACAGUCUCUUCCCAUAAGAAGCAGCUAACUUUGGUUCUGUGGUAAGAUGGGGUUUGGUUUGGGGGGGGGGGGAAGGCAACCAAAGGAAAUAGGGAGGUGUGGGAUUUCAUUUACAGAAUCUAAACCAAGGAGGCAAAAGAGCCCUUCAGUCGAUGUUAAAUUUUACCAACAUAAUUUAGGCGUCAGAAUCUUAGCAUCUCCUCCCUCUAACGCACUAUGUUCAUGAACCAACAAAGCAACAUUGCCAGACCAGGGUCUAAGGGGAAACAGUGACACUAGUAGCUGAAUGUACACUUCUGUACCAAAACUUGAAAGUGAGAAAACUAGAAGUGUGAGUUUUAACAAACACUAAAACUGGUCAGUGUGUCUGCUUUUGCCCUGGCCUUGUUUCUGAGAUGUUAGAAUUGUCUUGUGGGGAUAGUGAGCUUUGAGUCAUAUUGAAGUCAGUGCUUGUGUGGUGCUUCUUUAGCCUAAGGAAGGAUGUUUGAAACCUUUGUAACUAGUUUUAUGAGUAAAGAAAAGGUGCAAUCCAGUGCUUUUAGAUGGCUUGAUAUAUACCAAAUAAUGAUAGAGAACAACAUGGUUGUGUGUUUCCCCAAGUUUAAAAGCCUUGCCAAAACUAUACAAGGAUUAAUUUGCCUUCAUCUCCCCUUCCUUUUCUGGGUAGGGUUUAGGGAGCCAUAGGUAGCUAAAGGACUCAGUGUAUGGUCAGAGACCUCAGUAAAUCACAGACACGUGGGCCCUGUGUCCAGGGUGAAGGGCCCAUCACAUUACACAUUAUUAAUGUGGUUGAAGCUUUUGCCAAGAGACGGGAUAUAGCAUGGAGUUCAGACUAUCUGAGGAAAAAAUCUACAAGCUUUCCUGUUUGCCUUUUUUUGUGAGCCUGCCAUUCAAUUAGUGUCACAGCCUCUCCUCAUGCUUCAGUGGCUGUGAUUUUAGGCCAGGAAUCUUCUGCUCCAUGUGGCUUAGGCCUUCCAGCUGAGUGAAAUUUGUUAGGUAGAGGGCAGGCAUCUAUUCUUGGCUUCACAUUUAUUUAACAGAGUCCAGCUGCUUCAGAGCCAACCCUGGAGCCAUAACAGACUCAGUGUGACUCAGCUACUUGGGCCAUACUGCCAUGCAGUCAGGCAUUCUAGUUGAAUAAGUUAAGCAGCCGGUACCUGGGUCAUAAGGCAUCAGGGAAGAUCAAACUUGGGGGCCAAAAUAAAGAUGAACACGAUUUUCCCUGAGCAUUUAUCUUGAUGGCAGUGUCUAGAAAGAACCACAGUAUAGAGAGAUGAUCAACAGUUUUAGAAAAUUGUUGUCACAGUAAGGAUAGGAAGAAAAGGGCAUGUCAUUGUUGUUGACUUUUCUUUAUUCAUGCCCAGUAUGGAACGAGAGGAAAUUGACCUCCCCCAGCCACUGUUCAAGGCCCUGCCUUUCUCAAAAUUGCCAGCUUGAAAUAUUGCUCAGUUCACCUGGUAAUGCCAGGCUGCUUGCUGAUUAGAAUACCCAUGUGACUUUGUAUCUGAUUGAACUUGCUGAAGCAGGUCCAUGGUCAGGGUAAGGUGCAAGGAAUCCCUGUCUGGCACUAAAAUUCUAGUAUGUCCUGGAUGGAAUAUAAUAUACAUCUGCAGUAUUGAAUGAUGUCAUUAUUUGUAGGGCAGAUAUGGGGGAAUGUUCAGGAGACAGAGAGCAGAAUCUUAGCAUCUACACUUGGGCUGAACUGUGGAGAAAGGCUGUUUUUCAGUUCUAUAUUCUUUACCUCUAAGUGAUCCACUUUGUGGGAUCUAAGUACAGGGAUCAUUUAAUAAAUUGGAAGGUAUCUUUUUCUGACAAGCUGCCACAUGAUUUACUUGGUCCUGAGCUGUGGAAAGGGCAUAAGGACCAGUCUGCUACCAGUGCCCUGUGUCUGGGGGAGUCAGCGUGCUACUACGGCUCCAUGGCUCAGAAGCAGGUCUUGGUCUUCUUUCCAAGUCUAGCUUAAUGUUCUGUCCCAUGACCUGGCCCUGAGACUAUACCUCUUUUGGCAUCUUAACUGCAGUCUCACUGACUGAAGCAAAGGGUAAAGAGACAGAUUAACUAACCAGAGGGCAGAUGAGCCAGGCCCCAACAUGAAAGCAGCUUUUGGUUGGCUCGAUAUACUUGUCUUUUAAUAACAAAGCAAUGCUGUUUACACCUGGCAUUGUUCAACCAUAGGUCGGUUGCCUAUGUUCUUGUCACUGCUCCUGCCAUAGAUGAAGAUAGCCUACAGUUCCACUCCUGCAUUUAAGUCCUAGGGUCUCCACAUCUACUUCAGACUCCUCGAGCCAGUGUGUGGUGUCUUCCAUGUGUCUCACCUUGCUGCAAGGCACCAGCUCCAUGCAUUCUCCUGAUCUAGAAAAAAAAAGUGUCUGAGCAAUUUCUGGUUUCUAGGAUGAUCUCUGUUGCCAGUUAGGACCCCAGAGUAGAGCUCUGUGAAGUUUCCAUGGCAUCAAACACCAGAGGGUCUGUGCUUGGCCCUUUGCUGCCAACUGCUCAGUUUUGACUAAGCUAUCGUCAUUUGUGAUCGACAACCUUGUUUCUUUACAAAUCCUUGCAUGUAACUUUGGUAUCCUGAUGUUUCUUGUGAAAAAUCUAUUCUGUUGUCUUUGAUGUAAUAAAAGAAUUCACGUAGUUUAUGUAAAAAUACCUGACUCAGAAGGAAGCCAAUUGUGUCUUGUGUUGGGACCAUUUUUGCAAUUGUUCUUGUCACCAAAUGUGUUUGGAUGUUGCUGUGCAGUUGUGGGGAAGGGGUGGGGGGGGGAAUGUAAGGCAAGAACAUUGUUGGGCUUUUUUUUUUAACCUUCUCCAAGACUUGGAUGGUCUGGCUGACUUGCUCCAGAUGCAAUAAAAAUAUUGCUAUGAA